AUGGACGACCCAAUCUACACCAAUUAUCCCCCUGGACUCUCGCCAGCCCAGCAAGAGUACCUCGUCACCGCUACCAAAGAUUGGGCCAUUCAAAAUGGCCUUACUGUUCGACCGAACCCAGCAACGCUUCCAGAAGGAGCAGACCCAAAUCGAGUUUUGGCAACAAAUGCCCCGGUGACACUUUUUCCGAGCCCAUUCCCUAGGGUCUGCUUUGAGGAAGCCCAGGCAUUGCAGACAGUCUACAACGAACUAUAUGCUGCCAUCACUUGCAAUGAAGAAUGGCUGGGGAAGAUCAUAAAAGAACUUGUCGACGUGGACGACUUCGUGGCAAAUCUUUGGAAAACACACCUAGCGGUACAGAAGGAGGGCUACGUUCAAAACCUGUCCUUGGGUCUCUACAGAUCCGACUAUAUGGCCCAUGUUACGCCCAAUAAUGCUCCGGCCUUGAAGCAGGUGGAAUUCAACACCAUAUCGUCGUCGUUCGGCGGGCUGUCUGCCCUUGUGAGGUCGUUACACGCGGAGCUUCUUACUUCACCACCCGGGUCCCCGAUCAGCUAUCCACCUCACUCCCUUUUGCAAUCUGGCGUACCGCCGGAGAACACUGCAGUUGAGACUCUGUCUGGUGGCCUAGCAGCAGCCCACAAGGCCUAUGGGCGAUCGAAGUCUACUCCGGAGCUUCCUUUGUGCGUUCUCUUCGUAGUCCAAGAAGGCGAACGCAACGUCUUCGACCAAUAUGCACUGUCGAAGCGACUCACCCAAUUCCAUAAAAUCCCUGUCUUCCGCCUGGCGAGCAACAAGAUCUUAGACCAAACAAAGAUACCCAGCUCGAAUCCGUCUCGACCACUAAUCUAUCACCCACCUCACUCUCCGACAUCUGCAUUCGAAGUGACAACUGUGUAUCUUCGAGCAUACUAUGCUCCAGAUGAAUACAAGACCAGUCGUGAUUGGGAGGCCCGGGUACAUAUGGAACGGUCCGCGGCAAUCAAAUGUCCUACCGUUCUUAAUCAGUUGGCUGGCUGCAAGAAAAUCCAGCAAGUUCUCGCAGAACCUACGGGACCCGAUCACCUCUCAAGUUUUCUCCACAACGUUGAUCCGAAAAUUAUUGCAAGACUACGAGAAACAUUCGCUCCGCAGUAUGACCUCUCAAUCACGGGCCAAGGUCGAGAAUUGGCUCUCAACCCCGAGACUGCUAUGAAACACGUUCUUAAGCCGCAACGAGAAGGUGGAGGCAACAAUAUCUACAAGUCCGAAAUUCCAGGCUUCCUUCGGUCGUUGCCCGAGUCUGAUUGGAAGGGCUGGGUUUUGAUGGAGUUGAUUAACCCGGCCGCCAACGCUGAAAAUGUCGCACUGCGAAACGAUGGAGAGGUCCUUCGUGGAAACGUCAUCUCAGAAUUGGGCGUCUAUGGAACUAUCCUGUGGGACAAUACAGGCAAGAUUUCCCAUAAUGAACAAGGCGGGUGGCUGUUAAGAACAAAAGGAAAAGAGGUUAAUGAGGGUGGUGUGGCGGCUGGUUUCUCUAGUCUGGACAGCAUUCUUCUGUACUAG